CUGCAGUAAUUCUUUGUUGUUAGCAAGUAAAGCAAAAAAGUGCAAAUUUUACGGAAAAUUAGGGACGUAUUUAUUGGGGCCAUCUACUGCGGCGGAAAGUCUAAAUAAUACAAAUAAUAGGGCUUUCUUCUGCUUAACACAAUUUUCCUACUGCGCAUGAAGGCAACAUGAACUCCACGCUAUAGCAGUCGACGACGAAGAAGAGCAUCGCAGCGUGGCUAUGUCCGACCCGGCGGCUCAGGCCCUGCAACCCCGGCUUCUCCAAGCCCAGUCCGCUGGGUCGGCUGGGUCCAGCGUUGCCGCCACGGGCUCCGGUUCAGGGAACAGUGACCCGGCCAGACCGGGCCUUAGCCAACAGCAGCGCGCCAGCCAGAAAAAAGCUCAAGUUCGAGCCUUUCCACGGGCGAAAAAGCUCGAGAAACUUGGCGUUUUCUCCGCUUGCAAGGCAAGUGACACAUGCAAAUGUAAUGGGUGGAAGAAUCCGAACCCACCCACGGCCCCCCGGAUGGACCUGCAGCAACAAGCCGCCAGCCUGAGUGAGCAGUGCCGCAGCUGUGGACAUGCCCUGGCCGAUCACGUGUCCCACCUGGAGAACGUGUCAGAGGAUGAGAUCAACAGGCUGCUGGGAAUGGUGGUGGACGUGGAAAACCUGUUUAUGUCCGUGCACAAGGAGGAGGACACGGACACCAAGCAGGUCUACUUCUACCUGUUCAAGCUGCUGAGGAAAUGCAUCCUGCAGAUGAGCCAGCCGGUGGUAGAAGGAUCACUGGGCAGUCCACCUUUUGAAAAGCCAAACAUUGAGCAGGGGGUUUUGAAUUUCGUCCAGUACAAGUUCAGCCACCUGGCUCCCAAAGAAAGGCAGACCAUGUUCGAGCUGUCCAAGAUGUUUCUCCUGUGCCUCAACUACUGGAAGCUGGAGACGCCGACGCAGUACCGCCAGCGCACGCAAAAGGACGACGGCACGGCGUACAAAGUGGACUACACCCGCUGGUUGUGCUACUGCCACGUGCCUCAGAGCAACGACAGCCUGCCGCGCUACGAGACCACGCAGGUCUUCGGCCGCAGCCUGCUCAAGUCCAUCUUCACGGUGACGCGGCGUCAGCUGUUGGAGAAGUUCAGGGUGGAGAAGGACAAGCUGCUGCCGGAGAAGCGCACGCUCAUCCUCACACACUUCCCCAAGUUUUUAUCCAUGCUGGAGGAGGAAAUCUAUGGGGAAAAUUCUCCCAUCUGGGAGGCCGACUUCACCGUGCCCGCCGCUGAUGGUGCACAGCUGGGACAUCACACAGUGAUCAGUCCGGCCGCUGUUUCGGGCUCUUCCGCUCUCUCGAAGGCUUUAAGCGCCGGUUCGUCAUUGGGCGGUCUUGAGGGUCUUGCAGGAUCAGAGCCAAUCACAGGAGAGAAGCGCAAACUCCCCGAGACGCUGACACUGGAGGAUGCCAAACGCAUCCGUGUGAUGGGCGACAUUCCCAUGGAGCUGGUCAACGAGGUCAUGAUGACCAUCACCGACCCGGCCGCCAUGCUGGGUCCCGAGACCAAUCUAUUGACGCCAAAUGCCGCCCGCGACGAGACGGCACGUCUGGAGGAGCGGCGUGGCAUCAUCGAGUUCCACGUCAUCGGGAACUCUCUCUCCCAAAAGUCCAACAAGAAGAUCCUGAUGUGGCUGGUGGGGCUGCAGAACGUCUUCUCGCAUCAGUUACCUCGCAUGCCCAAAGAGUACAUCACGCGCCUCGUCUUUGACCCGAAGCACAAGACCUUAGCCCUCAUCAAAGAUGGCCGCGUCAUAGGGGGCGUCUGUUUUAGGAUGUUUCCCACUCAGGGCUUCACAGAGAUUGUCUUCUGUGCGGUCACAUCCAACGAGCAAGUCAAGGGCUACGGCACACACUUGAUGAACCACCUGAAGGAGUACCACAUCAAACACAACAUUCUCUAUUUCCUCACCUACGCCGACGAGUACGCCAUCGGCUACUUCAAGAAGCAGGGCUUCUCCAAAGACAUCAAGGUGCCCAAGAGUCGCUACCUGGGCUACAUUAAAGACUACGAGGGAGCCACGCUCAUGGAGUGCGAGCUCAACCCUCGUAUACCGUACACGGAGCUGUCUCACAUCAUCAAGAGGCAGAAAGAGAUCAUCAAGAAGCUGAUUGAGAGGAAGCAGACACAGAUCAGGAAGGUCUACCCUGGUCUGACUUGUUUCAAGGAGGGAGUGCGGCAGAUUCCCGUGGAGAGCAUCCCCGGCAUACGAGAGACUGGAUGGAAACCCAGCGCCAAGGAGAAAGUGAAAGAGGUGAAGGACCCUGAUGUGCUGUACAACAUGCUGAAGAACCUCCUGGCCCAGAUAAAGACUCACCCGGACGCUUGGCCUUUUAUGGAGCCCGUGAAGAAAUCCGAUGCUCCGGAUUAUUACGAGAUCAUCCGCUUCCCCAUCGACCUGAAAACCAUGACUGAGCGCCUGAAGAACCGAUACUACGUGACCAAGAAGCUCUUCAUCGCCGACCUGCAGCGAAUCAUUACUAAUUGUCGCGAGUACAACCCCCCCGACAGCGAGUACUGCAAGUGUGCCAACACCCUGGAGAAGUUCUUCUACUUCAAGUUGAAAGACGGAGGCCUGAUAGAGAAAUGAGAACCCCAAGUUGUUCUUCUCAAGACGGCGGGUGAAUAAUCUGCGUACCAAAGUUCAGACACAUUUUAUUUAUAACAUUUACGCCAUUCCGCUCUGCGUCGCACUUCGGAACUCGGGGACUUCAAAGCCAUGUUGCCUUCAGUUACCGACACACUUGAAGCGUAGUCUAUUGAAGGAAAGGAGCACAACAUUUAGGCUGUGCUUGGUGGGAUCGUCAACAGCAAUGAGUCUCGUCUGGGUGUUGAAAUGUUACAAUCGUGUAUCACCGUCACAGAUUCGACAACAAAAAUGAUUAUUUUUAAACCUUUUGGUGUUUAGCUCCAUUGUGAUGAAUAUGCGGAAGAAAAGGGAAUGCUGAUGAAGAUGUUGGUUACAUUCUGCAUUCAAUAUUCAGCCUAGGGAGAAAUUGUGCCACUGGCUUCAAAUAUUUUGCCUGAACAGUGCUUUAACUAUUUUUGGCACUUGGGUGCUACGUGAAAAUAUCCCCGAUUUGCAGCCUUUAAAUACCUGCAUAAAAAUAGUAAAUAAUGGUUGUUUCUUCCAUUUCAGAGAACUUCGUGGCUAUUCCAUUACUGCUUUUUAGAUCUGGACUGUGUGUGUACAUGUGUAGAUAGAAAAGACGCUUGUGUACUAUUUUUUGUUUUCUACUUGAAAUCAUGUUUGACUCACUUUAUAAAGCGUCGUGUUUGUCCCACACUCGUUUCCAUAGCGCCAUGGUUCACACGCCAGUUACCGUACUGUCACUGUAGUGCUGUUAAUGACAAUAAAGGUUGUUUAGGUU